AGUGCCUUAAAUAAUCUUACAUGGAGAAUUUCCUUUUCCUGCUUUACUGUCUUGAGUAAUAUCUUUUGUUUUACUUGUAGAUUUGAUGGUCCUCGAAGAUUUGAGGAUUUAGGGUCAAGGUGUGAAGGACCGAGACCCAAAGGGCCUCGUUUUGAAGGAAAUCUCUCCGAUGGGCCAAGACCCAGAUAUGAAAGUCACCCAGCAGAGGGCACUAAAAGCAAAUGGGGAACAAUCCCCCGGGGUCCAGCAUCUCAAUUUUAUAUAACUCCCAGUACAUCCCUAAGCCCUCGACAGAGUGGACCACAGUGGAAAGGCCCCAAAGCAACUGUUGGACAGCAGCAUCAGCAGCAACCUAAGUCACAAGCAGAGCCUCUUUCAGGAAACAAAGAACCAUUAGCAGGCACAAGUAGUAACCAGAAGAAUUUUAAAAUGCAAUCAGCUGCAUUUUCCACUGCUGCAGAUGUCAAGGACACCAAGGCGGCUCAGUCGAAUGAGAAUUUAAGCGACUCUCAACAAGAGCCACCUAAAGGCCAAGUCUCGGAAGGGCAUGUAGAGCCCUCUAAUUGGAACCAGAAUUCUCAAACUAUGGAUACUGAAAUGGACAAAGCCAAAGGUGUUACUCGACCUCUAUUCCUUGCCAAAAAACCUGUACCUACUCCAUCUACCUUUUCCUUCAAACUAGAGAACAUAGUGGGAGCAGUAGCAGCAGCAUUGACUGCAGAUAAUUUCAAACCUUUUGGUUUUGGUUUGCCCCACUCAGAAAACAACCAAGGAAAAGGUCUGCCUCAGCCAGACAGCAAAGAAAAUAGAUUAGAAGGCAAUAAAGACAGCAGCACGUCUUACAGAGGUCCUGAGCAAAACAGAGUGGAAGGUACACGGGAUAAAGGACUAGUAAACAGAGGCCAUUGCCAGACAAUUAGUCAAGGUCCAGGGCUGGUCAAACAAGAAGACUUCCAUGAUAAGAUGAUGGGUAGAAGAGAAGACAGUCAUGAGAAAAUGAACAGAGGAGAAGGCAGUCGGGACAGGGUGUUGGUGAGGCCAGGAAGCAGUCGGAAUAAAGUACCAGGUAGUCCACAAGACAGCCAGGACAGUAGAGCUGGCAGCCGAGAAAGGGGACCACCUCGAAGGGCUGGCAGUCAGGAGAGAGGACUUCCUCGAAGGGCCGGAAGUAGAGAGAGAGUACCCCCCCGAAGAGCUGGGAGCAGAGAGAAGGGACCACCUCGGGGGCCAGGCAGUCGAGAAAGGGGACUAGGAAGACCAGAUUUUGGUCAUGAUAGAGUUCCAUUCAGACCAGAACCAGGAGAUGGUGGGGAGAAAAUGUAUCCUUAUCACCGAGAUGAACCUCCAAGGGCUCCGUGGAACCAUGGAGAAGAGAGAGGACACGAAGAGUUUCCAUUAGAUAGUAGAAGUGCUCCAAUUGAGCGAGAAAGACUCGAUGACUGGGAUAGAGAGAAAUACUGGAGAGAGUGUGAACGUGACUAUCAAGAUGAUACACUAGAUCCGUACAGCGGAGAGGACAGGUUCUCAGCACCCUCUCGGUCUCAUGAUGGAGACAGGCGAGGCCCUUGGUGGGAUGAUUGGGAAAGAGAUCAGGAUAUGGAUGAGGGUUAUGGUAGGGAAAUGGACAGGGACUUAGACAGAGACAUGGAUCGGAUUAGAAGACCCAUGGAUAUAUAUGAUAGAAAUGUGGAUAAUGAGUGGGACAGAGAUUAUGGGAGACCACUGGAUGAACAAGAAUCACAGUUUCGUGAACGGGAUAUUCCAUCUCUUCCACCUUUGCCACCCCUCCCACCUCUUCCACCUUUGGAUAGAUACCGGGAUGAUAGAUGGAGAGAAGAAAGAAAUCGAGACCAUGGGUAUGACCGAGAUUUCCGUGAUAGGGGUGAGUUAAGGAUUCGAGAGUAUCCAGAAAGAGGAGAUACAUGGCGGGAAAAGAGAGAUUAUGUUCCUGACAGAAUGGACUGGGAAAGAGAACGGUUGUCAGACAGAUGGUACCCAUCUGAUGUGGAUAGACAUUCCCCCAUGGCGGAACAUAUGCCAUCCUCACAUCAUUCCUCUGAAAUGAUGGGGUCCGAUGCAAAUUUAGACUCUGACCAAGGCCUUGGAGGGGUAAUGGUUCUCAGUCAGAGGCAGCACGAAAUCAUUUUGAAAGCUGCACAGGAAUUGAAAAUGCUUCGAGAACAAAAAGAACAGCUUCAAAAGUUAAAAGACUUUGGAGCUGAGCCACAGAUGGCCGACCAUCCACCACCCCAAGACUCAAGACUACAGAAUGCAUCAAGACCUGGGAUAUAUCCGGUAUGGGAAAAUGUGUACUCAGAAAAUGAAAUGGUUUUUACCUCAUGUGUUUAUAUGACGUUGGAUUUUUAAAAUUGCAAUAAGCAUAAAUUUCCAGUGUAAAAACAUAAA